UUUUGAAAAAGAGAACGCUUGUGGAGCACACUCAUGUCAUAGUCUGAAUGGACGGAAACUUGUCGCGAGCAACGAUCAGGUUCAUCUCGAAACAGCUCAAGGAGCUUCAUGACUCACCUCCGGAGGGAAUUAAUGUUUUGUUGAGCGAAGAGAAUAUUACCGAAAUAACUGCUGAAGUGGAAGGACCCGCGGACACCCCAUUCCAUGGCGGGACAUUCAAAAUGAGGCUAAUUCUCCCACAUGACUACCCUGAAGCUCCGCCAAAAGGCUUUUUUGUCACAAAAAUUUUUCAUCCAAACAUCCGCCAGCCAGGUGGAGAGAUAUGCGUAAAUACACUGAAAAAAGAUUGGCAGCCUAGUCAUAGUCUGCGCCAUGUCCUGAUGGUAAUCCGCUGCCUACUCAUAGAACCGUUUCCGGAGUCAGCACUUAAUGAAGAGGCAGCAAAACUGUUGCUAGAAGACUAUGAUGAAUACUUUAGGCGGGCAAAAAUGUUGACCAGCAUAUAUGCGAGCACGCUCGGUCAUGCAGAGAGUUGCGCGAAAUCAUCAGAGUCAUCCAAAGCAGUUUUGAAAGGGAACAUGAAACACAAGAAAAAAAGUUUACGCAGACUUUGACGCAGGUUUUUGAACUUUGUGAUAUUUUUCUUCCUCAUUUAAAGGCUCGUUGCGGUACAAAGUGAAACAACGCCCAUACAAGUAAAAGUUAAUGCCGCAGUAAAAUCAAACUAGCCUCACGUGAGAAAGAAUAAAAGUUCUCACUGAGAUACAUCUCCCACUUUUGGUCUAUUGUAAGGUAUCGAUUUCAUCUCCCCACGAUAU